AUGGCGCCUCGCAAACGGUCGCGAGAAGCCACAGACAUCGACGGCGAGGUGGAGAUCGAAUCGGCAAGCUCCCGCCUCCAACACGGCAACAAACGCUCCCGCAUCGCUCUGGCACAGCAGAAUGGAGGCUCCACGGUAUCCGACGACGACGACGACGAUGAGAUCCCUGGAGGCAGCCGCAGCGGCACGGUCAGCGACGACGAGGAAGAUGACGAGCUUCUGGACCUGCGAGCGACGCAAGUGGUUCAGAAGGAACAUCGCCAGCACAGAGACAAUCGAGCCUCUGAGCAGGGUGUCAUCGAGGAGGUCUUCUGCCGUAACUUCAUGUGUCACUCCAAGCUACGCAUCAAGCUGGGGCCACUCAUCAACUUCAUCAUCGGGCACAAUGGGAGCGGUAAAAGUGCGGUGCUCACAGCACUCACCAUGUGCUUGGGCGGGAAGGCCACAGCAACGAACCGUGGUGCGAGCUUGAAGAGUCUCAUCAAGGAGGGGACAGACAGCGCGACUCUUGCGGUCAAGAUCAAGAACCAGGGUGAUGGGUCCUACAAGCCGGACCUGUAUGGUCGAAGUAUCACUGUCGAGCGCCACUUCACACGAGCCGGCACCAGUGGCUUCAAACUCAAGAAUGAGCACGACAAGGUGAUCAGUACCAAGAAGGCCGACCUCGACGAUAUUCUCGACUUCUACGCGUUCCAGCUCGACAACCCGAUCAACGUCCUCACCCAAGACAUGGCUCGGCAGUUCCUGUCGAACAGCUCGCCGGGUGACAAGUACAAGUUUUUCAUCCGCGGUACACAGCUGGAGGUGCUUGACGCGGAUUACAAGCUCAUGGAGGAGAAUCUCGACAAUAUUGAGGAAAAGUGCCGCACCAGAGAACAAGACAUCUCCAUUCUGAAGGAGAAGAUGGAGGAGGCCGAGGUGCGGAAGAAACGACUGGAGAAAACGCAGUCUAUGUCGGAAAAGAUCGAGCGUAUACGAUGGCAGCAUGCCUGGGCUCAGGUGGAAGAGCAAGAGCAGAUGCUUGAAGGGUACGAGCAGGCAGUGCGGGAAGCGAGGGAGAACGUGCAGGAGAAGACCGAUGCUGCCGGGACCGUCGAUGGCGUUUAUGAAGGCCAGAACCAGUCCUUCGAGUCGGCCAAGCGCACACAGCAUGAUCUGCAGGAACAGCUCCAGCCACUGCAGGAAGCCUGCGACGCAGCGAAGGUCAAAAUGGAGGCCAACAAGACCAGCAUGAGCGACAUCAAAGCUCAAGAACGCAACUGCAGGGAGGAGAUGAAGAAUAUCAAGAAAGUGAUGAGCAGACUGGAAGCCGACAUCCAGAAGGAAAAGGACAUUCUUGCGGGAGCCGAAGGGGAUGAGCAUCUCGCACGCAUGAACAGACUGGAGGAGCUCCGGGAAGAAGCCGAAGCGAAGAAGCAGGAAUACGAAGAGCACCUGAACGGUCUCGCUGCGCUUCAGGAGCGAGAGACAGCGGCUGCUCAGGCGGCCAAAGUGGGCCAGGAACCAUUCCAGAGGUGCAUGCAAGCUGUUGAGGAGGCUGAUGGGAGAUUAAAGAGGCUCCAGAAUAGCCAAGGUCAACAGUGGAGCGCAUUCCGUCCGCGGAUGGAGAACCUGGUUCGCGCUAUCAACAACGAGACGCGAUUCCGAACGAAGCCAGUGGGUCCCAUGGGCAAGCACAUUCGGAUCUUGAAGCCGGAAUGGACCUCGCCUAUCGAGAAGACCAUGGGCGGGAACUUGGAGGCGUUCAUCGUGACGUCUAAAGAAGAUCAGAACCUGCUCUCGCAACUCAUGAAUAGGAUGAAUUGCAGAGCGCCUAUCAUGAUCGGUCACCCUGCUCGGCUUGACGUUACUGGCAAAGAGCCGGCGGAGGACAUCGAUACAAUGCUGCGCAUCUUGGACAUUGACAAUGACCUGGUGAGGAACUCCAUCAUCAUCAACCAGGCUGCCGAGCAGAUGGCAUUGAUUCCGGAACCCGCGCAAGCUCACGCGUUCAUGUUCAAAGGCGCGAAACCACACAAUGUGAGGGUUACCUUAGCGAGGGCAGCUGAAAGAGGAGCUGCAAUCAGAUAUGAGUGGUCGCAAAGAGGCGCCUCAAAAGCAUCAGACGUCCCCGCCUUCCAAGGACCAUCACGCAUGACUACGGACAUACAAGAUCAGAUCCGCAUGCAGCAUGAAGCCCGCGCGCAGGCGAUGCGUGAAAGGGACGAUGCCCGCGAGGCCAAGCGCCGACUCGAGGAGGCCCACAAAGCUGCGAGCGCCAACAUCAGGAAAUUCAAGGGACGCGAGCAGCAGCUUAAAGUGCAGUACCAGCAGGCCGAGGAUGAGAUCGAGCAGCAGCAGGCUCUCAUCGACAGAAACCGACCAGAGGAUGGGAAGCUACAGGAGCUGGAACGGCAGCUUCGUGACGCGAAGGUAGAGUCUGACAGCCAGGGGAGCUCGUUCCAAGACAUCAUCAAUGCGAUGGAUGAUCUCAACAAUGACGCCCGCGGAAUCAAGGCCGCUCUUGACGGGGCAACCAGUGAGCUCGCAACCGCGCAAAAGAACGUCGAGCGCGCCGAGAGGCGAGUAGACGAUCUUGCUACCAAACGACAAAAGGCAUUGCAAGAGAAGAACCUUGCCAUCCAGCUUAUCGAUCAAGCGCACAAAGAGCAAACGGAGGCAGAAGGGCGACUCGAUACUCACAAGAACCACGUGGCAGCAUUCGUUGAGCAGGCCAAACAGGUCUCUCGACGUGUCGAAGUGCCGGAGGGCAUGACUGCCGCGAAGCUGGACGCUCGUCUGGACAAGCUGCUGGACGACCGCAGGCGACUACAUGAAGAAGCUGGUGGUACUCAAGAGGAGCUCAACAUCGCUGCCCUCGAGCGCAGGACCGAGUAUGAAGAGGCAGCGGCUGGGUUGAAGGAGAUGGAGGUGUUUGCAAAGGAACUCAAGGGAACCCUCAAUGAUCGCCACGACCGCUGGAAGAAAUUCCGCCGUAUCAUUUCCUCACGCGCCCGGACCAACUUCCAAUACCUCCUCUCCGAACGCAACUUCCGCGGCCGCUGCAUCAUGGACCACACGAACAAAGAACUCGACAUCAAAGUCGAGCCUGACCUCAGCAAAUCCUCCGACGCCGGCCGCGCCACCAAAACCCUCUCCGGCGGCGAGAAGAGCUUCAGCACGAUCUGCUUGCUGCUGUCCAUCUGGGAUGCGAUGGGAAGUCCGAUCCGCUGUCUUGACGAGUUCGACGUGUUCAUGGACAACGUGAACCGCGCGACGAGCAUGCGGAUGAUGAUCGCUGCGGCACGCAAGGCGGUCGGGAGGCAGUUUGUGCUGAUUACGCCGCAGAGUAUGGACAGUGUGAGUUAUGGGGAUGAUGUCAAGGUGAAUCGGAUGAGUGAUCCGGAGAGGGGCCAGACUACGCUGGAGAUGGGGGCUUGA